GACAGCCAUGAUUUCACUGGUUGUAGUGGCUGUAUUUCUCCUCCAGGGGGCUCUAUUUCAGCCCCCUCAGGCAGCAGCAUUCAAAAUCUUCCUUACUGAUGAAUCCCUCACACAUCAUCAAAUCACUGAGGCAGCUUUCCUCCGCAAGAUGGCAGAGGUGUGCCGAAAUGUAGCCACAGCCCGGGGAAAAGACUUUACGCUACCUAUCAACAGCAAACUGACUGCAACUACCGUCCAGAGAGCCUGCUCAAAUGCAUAUUCUUCCCUCUUGAAACUAUCCUCUUUCAAUCUGGCUAUUGUUCAGACUUCCCUUAGCAAUGCAGCUGUGGAUAGAAAGCAGUUCAGUACUGCUCACCAUUUCGAUGAUGAAGAUUUCAAAAAUGGACGAGACCUCAUUACUAAGGGCGUAGCUUCUGUGAAAGUCAGCAUCAAAAAGGGGAACUAUUUGUCUGCCCGCACCAGUCUUGGGGCUGUAUGUCAUACUUUACAGGAUUUCUAUAGCCACAGUAACUGGGUGGAACUGGGAAGCACUGCUCCUUUCAGCACACUGAUCAAACCUGACCUUCCUCUCGACAAUAUAGCAGGUCCCAACACAAAAACAUGCAGAAACUGUGUUGGAAAAAACUGCAGUGACAAUAUUCUCCCAGAUGUACUGCAGCAGAAGACAUUAACUUCUGGAUAUUUCCACUUGAUUUUAUCAUCAAAACCUGCAGGCAAAUGUAGCCAUGGCGGCUUUUUUGACAGGACCAGUUCAACAGAACCCACUGGAGGCAUUAACAAGGAUGACAUCAGUUCAGAUCACGGCUUCCUUCACUUCCGUGCUGCUGAAAUGGCUAUCAAUGCUACUAUGGAACUACUGGAAGAUAUUCGACUGGCCACAGGCGACCAAGCCUUUCUUCGACUAAUGGGCCUCACUCAGACUUCAGUUCUGGCUUUUGUGUUUGACAUCUCAGGCAGUUUGUCUCAUUACAUUGAAGUGUUCAAGAGUGUGUGUUUAAGUAUCAUAGACAGCAGGAGAGGAACAUCAGAGGAACCUUCAGAAUAUGUUCUAGUCCCAUUUAAUGGCCAGGGUUCUGGACCUUUGAAAAGGACUGCAAAAGCAGAUGCAUUCAAAGAAUAUAUUAAUUCACUUUCAGCAUCAGUUUGUGGAAACUUCUCAGACAUGUUCCUGUCAGGACUCCUGUUGACACUGACAAGAGCUCCUCCAUCAUCAGACAUUUUUGUUUUAACUGAUGCUUCAGCAAAGGACACGGAAUUAAAAAGUGCAGUUAAGGCCAUGAUAGAAAGCACCAAGUCAACAGUUAAUUUCCUGCUUACAAGCUCCUUAUUGCGUAGUGAAAAGGAUGCCUCUCCAUCAAGAUCACUGUUUCUGUCAGAUACACAGCUGUACAGUGAUCUGGCCCAUGUUUCUGGUGGACAGACCAUAGACGUCACAAACACUACAAUGUCUCAAGCCAAUGCAAUCAUUACAGAUGCUAUCACUGCUGACCUGGUAACUGUUAUACAGGUAGAGAGAAGUUCAGCCAUGGAAGAAAACUUUAGUUUUGUGCUGGAUCCAUCUCUGUCCAACACGACAGUGUAUAUCACUGGAGACUCUCCAGUCUUUACCCUUUACAGUCCUACAGGUGUGUCUCAGUCAGGUUCAGUGGCAGAUGGUCCUCUGGGCAGCAUCCUGACUGUAGGGAAUCUAAAGAGAGUUAAACUCAACUCUGACAACCAGACAGGAGAAUGGAAGAUCAGUAUAAACUCCACAAGCUCCUACACCCUGAAAGUGAUCGGUCAGAGUUCUGUGGACGUCCUCUUUUACUUUGUGGAGAUAGUUGAGGGAGGUCAUGGAGACUCAUGGGGACAGAGUUUCACUCGCCCUUUUAUUGGUCGGAAUGCUACUUUCUAUGUCUCUGUGACUGGAAGAGAUUCGGUCAUAGUGACUGACGUGCUUCUAGUUAAAGCUUCAGGAUCUGAUGUUGUUAAUGGAACUGUCAAAGCUGUCAGUGCGACAGACUUCCUGGUCAACAUUAACAGAAUCCCUGAGUGGGCGUUUGUGGUGCAGCUGAAAGGGCUGUUGAAUGACUCGUCAUCAGUUAGUCGAUUCCAGAGACAGUCACCCACCCAGCAUAAAGGAUCUAGAAUAACAGUCAUGGCCCAAUCACAGAACAUUACACAGCCUGGAGUCCCAUUGAGUCUCAACUUUACAGUGGCCACUAAUACUACAGGCGGCAACUACACUAUCAGAGCUCUGAAUGACCAGGGCUUCAGUGUGUCUUUCCCUAGCUCUCUUAUCCUUGAAACAGGCGGAAGCGCUCAAGGAAGUGUGACACUGACUGCACCCUCCGACACAGAGUCAGGGACGGAUGUCAAACUCACUAUUGAGGCAGAAGCUCCAGGAUCCACUGACCUGAAUUAUGUCACACUGCAACUCACUGUCUCAACAGCAAAUGCUAUUUUCAGUGGAUGUUACUCGCUUUCUGUGUGCCUUUCUUUCUUCUUUUUGAUUGUAUGUUUCUAAAUAACAUUUAGCACAGCAAGCAGUGUAUUUUAAAAUAUUUACUUGUCUUGAACUGUCUUGGGUAAAAGAGCCUUUGUAAAUAUCUAAGAAUCAAGGUUAAGGUUUACUACUGAUAUUUCAAUUUCACUUUCUGUU